GACUCACUGCCUUUCAUUGCUAAAGGAUUUGAGAAACGAUUAGUUUGAUUUGAUCGAAGAUUCUGCAAGAUGAUGUCAUAUUUUUGAAACUCCUCACCCAGGAUGGGAGGAUUGUUGAUAACAAAGGGAGCUGUAUACAUUUGUGACAGCUUUGGCUACCCGAAGCACUGGUGUCUCGAUUGAGGCAGAGCAGACGACAUUUUGAAUUGGAAACAUGGCACUGUGCCCCUGCACUGUGAUGAACUCUGACACCAAGCUGGACGGAUGCCACUCUUCAGCGUCAGGCUUGAGGGUACACCUGUACUGGUCAAGCGAAGGUUCACAGGACCUUGUUUUUACCGAGGGGGAGAUGGUUGCAGAAGACAUAUGUAUUCUGGCUGCACAGAAAUGCUCCAUUUCCCCACUGUGCCACAACUUGUAUGCACUUUAUGACUUAAAAGAGAAUCUUUGGUAUCCUCCGAAUCAUAUCUUCAAGAUUGACAAGGACCUGUGUUUGACUCUGCACUAUCGUAUGAGGUUUUACUUUAAGAACUGGCAUGGCAUGUCGGAAAAGGAACCUCGGGUAUACCGGUGGACACCGAAAAGGAAUGACUGUGAGAAAUUUGACCAAGGCAGCCCUCUGUUUGACCACAUGUCACUCAAUUACAUCUUCUCACAGGGCAAAUAUGAUUUUGUUAAUGGCAUCGCUCCUCUCAAAGAGCCACAGAAUGAGCAGGAAUUACAUGUCUUCCAAAAUGAGAGUCUGGGAAUGGCUGUGCUGCAUCUUUCGUAUAUUGCGGUCCUGAGUGGACGCUCACUUAGUGAAGUGGCCAAGGAAAUAAGCUUUAAGGGGUGCAUCCCAAAGACAUUCCGUGCAAAAAUAGACAGGUGCAAUGCCCUGACCAAGAUCCGGCUGAAACGUGGCUUCCGGAAGUUUGUGAGGAGCUUCCACUUGCCUGUGGUUGGUUCAGGGAAGGUGAUCCAGCACGACAUUAUAUUCAAAUACCUCUCUACCCUGGAGAACCUUUGCACCAACUUAGGAGGCGAGAUCUUCCAUGUCUCGUAUUUGGAAGUGCUUCCAGAAAGUAGCAGGACCCCAUACAUAAACAAUCGGAAUUACCUGCAGCCCACGGAGAAUAUCAUCUGCCCCACAUUACCUACCCAGGAAUAUGAAGUGCUGGUGACUGGGACAGAGGGAAUUCAGUGGAGAAUACUCAAGAAGCCUGCACCCCUCAAAAAGACCGGCUGGAAGGGCAAACCAGCAGACAGUGGCAGUGGCAAGUCGAGUGAAGCGGUUGAGUUCACUGAGAAGCCAUAUUCGCACUUCUGUGAUUUCAAGGAGAUUACACACUUGGUCAUCUCUGACUGCAGGGUCAGUGUUCACAGACAGGAUAACAAGUGUCUGGACCUUGUAUUGCCCUCACACAAGCAAGCACUGUCCUUUGCAGCACUGAUAGAUGGCUACUCUCGCCUGACCACUGAUUCUCACCACUACCUGUGUCAUGAGGUUGCUUCUCCACGUGUUGUGCUGAGCAUCACCAGUGGCAUCCAUGGACCAAUGCAACCACACUAUGUCACUAAUAAACUCCGUCGAGAGGAUAACAAGGAGGGGCUGUAUGUGCUGCGGUGGAGUGCUUUAGACUUCAGUAAGAUUAUCAUGACAGUUGUCAGUAAGGAAAAGCCUGAGUUUGAAUUAUUGAAAGGUUCUGGGAGUUUUCAGGACAUGAAGCAGUUUCAGAUUGAGAGGAAGGCCCCAAAUGCCUAUGUGCUGCAGGGAUGGGAGCGGUCUUUCCCCAGUGUGAAGGAGCUCCUCGAGAGCCUCAAGGGCUGCCUGCUGAAAUCAGGCAACGAGAGCUACAUGGUCAAAAAGUGUUGCCCGCCUCUUCCUCAUGAAUUCUCCAAUCUCCUCAUCACGAAGAAUGUGAAGGACAGUGAUGUGCGACCACUCACAGCUCAGUUAAAUCUGAGCCAGCUCAGCUUCCAUCAGAUAAGGAAGGAGGAAAUCAUUCAGGAGCACCAUCUGGGACGGGGAACAAGGAUGAACAUCUACGCCGGGAGGUUUUUUGAGGGUGACGAGGAGGAGGAGGAGGGAGAGAUAGACUCACCCUGUGGAGUGGGCCGCAGUGAAGCGCGAGAUCUUCGUGUGGUGUUGAAAGUACUCGAUCCUAGUCACCGAGACAUUGCAUUGGUGAGAAAGCCAGAAGGGAAUCUGAUCAUAGUAACAGGAGUAAUUUCUUCAACUCAGUCCUUACACCUGCAUAUAACUGAAGAAAUGAAAAUAUUUCUUUUGUUGGUGCCCUUCCCAGCUGCAGAAUAUCCCAAAGUGUUUUCUCGCAAAUCACGACACUAUUGUAAUGAGGCCAUGUUUGAACAAAUUUACAUGCAGCAAGUUUCCAGAAACAGCAAUGUGACACGAAUUCCAUUGACUGUGCCUUGGGACCUUUUCCUUCUGCUGGAAUGGGCCAGACAUUGGGUUAGUGUUCCACCUGGAAAGGAGCCACCUCUGACAGUGCAGCAUUCUCCCAGUAUUGCACUGAAAUAUCCUUUCCAUACAAUGUGCUCUUGUUCCAGGAGGGCACUUAAAAUAAUAACCUUCUGCUUCCAGUUAGUUAACUGGGAAGAGGAGUUGCAACUGUGGGGUUGAUGGCCAGAAACUGAU